GCAUUCCCCUGUUCGAACGGAGACGCAGAGUCUCUCUCUCUGAAAAAUAGCCGUGAAAAGUUUACCGACAAUGCCGCUUGAUUCAUUCCUCGUUUGAGUCGUUCUUUUUUUGUUUCCCUCUCAAACCCCAUUUCUCUUCCGUCUUCCCUUUCUUUUUCCUUUGCUCCGUCAUUUUGGAUGGUGAAGAAAACCAAACGCAUUGACUUUUUACAACUUAUAAGUUUCUAGAGGUCGUUUCUUCGCUUUCCUUGAAGUUUCCAUUCUUUCAAGACAAAGACAAACACAAAAACGUGGAAAGAACAAUCCCCAACGGACAAUCCAUUUUCUUUUUUUCUUCCAAGUGUUCAGGAAGAAUCAAUGGUUUUGUGUGGAACAUGAAUUACCUGUUUGGACAUGGAAAUUUCAUUCUUUUCUCUGUUUGAAACUGAAACUACUCCAUGGAUGACCCAGAAACCAACCAUCACAUCAACAAAAGCAUUGACCUCGGCAACAAUCGACCCUUUGUUCGGAUUCAAUCCCAUGCUGAGAUUCUAUCAUUGGAGGAAAGAGCAGUGCUGGAACUUGAAGAUGAAAAACUGGCAAGUGCUGACUCAAUAACGAUGAAGAAGCAUUUCUUUAAAGAGACAACACAUUGCAGCGAUAUAAUUGACAUGAAGUGCAACAAUAAUGUGUGGAAUAGCAUCAGGAUUGUUGUCUUCUCUACCAAACUUAAUAUUCUUAUGAUUUUUGGCCCUGCAGCCAUCUUUGUCGAAAAAGCUACUGGUUAUCAUGGUCUAGUUUUUCCUUUGAGCUUGUUGGGGAUCAUACCACUGGCUGAGCGGCUUGGCUAUGCUACAGAGCAGCUGGCUUGUUUCACUGGACCCACAGUUGGUGGGCUUUUAAAUGCUACUUUUGGAAAUGCAACUGAGUUGAUCAUAUCAAUUUUUGCGUUGAGAAAUGGCAUGAUUCGUGUUGUUCAACAGUCACUACUGGGCUCGAUUUUGUCCAACAUGUUGCUAGUGCUUGGUUGUGCAUUUUUCAGUGGAGGACUUGUCAUUAUGAAGAGGGAACAAGUGUUUAAUAAGGCAGCUGCUGGAGUGAACUCUGGGUUGUUGUUGAUGUCAGUCAUGGGACUGUUAUUCCCUGCUGUCUUGCAUUCUACACGUACAGAACUGCAUUUUGGGAAGUCUGAGUUGGCUCUUUCAAGGUUCAGUAGCUGUGUCAUGCUUUUAGCAUAUGCUGCCUAUCUCUACUUUCAGUUGAAGAGCCAGAAGAAACUAUAUGCUAUGGUCAAGGACAAUGAGGGAGAGAGUGAGACUGAAAUUUCAGAGGAUGAUGAAGCCCCUGAGAUCUCCAUGUGGGAAGCAAUAGUAUGGCUAUCUAUUCUGACUGUGUGGAUUGCAGUACUCUCAGAAUAUUUGGUUGAUGCCAUAGAGGGAGCAUCUACUGCCUUGAAAAUUCCCGUAGCAUUUAUCAGUGUUAUCUUGCUGCCCAUUGUUGGAAAUGCUGCAGAGCAUGCAGGUGCUAUUAUGUUUGCCAUGAAAGAUAAACUUGACAUUUCUUUGGGAGUGGCAAUAGGCUCAUCGACACAGAUAGCCAUGUUUGGGAUUCCGUUUUGCGUCAUAAUUGCAUGGAUCAUGGGGCAGCCUUUGGACUUAAAUUUUCAACUUUUUGAGACAGCUACGCUUUUUCUUGCUGUGAUAGUGGUGGCUUUCAUGUUGCAGGAGGGAACUUCUAACUACUUUAAAGGACUCAUGCUCAUUCUUUGCUAUUUGAUAGUAGCAGCAAGUUUCUUCGUACAUACAGACAUUGAUUCAGUCGUGGACAAACCCCACAAAAAGGGAGAAUAAAGGAAGUAGUUACAUGUGGUGGACUGGCCAAAUCAACUGGUACAUUCAAUGAGAAGGAAGAUGGUUUUUCCCUGUAGAACUUAGAGUCUAAUAGAAGGUUCAAAGAUAUACCUCUGCCUAAGUAAAAGGUUUGUUUUGUCCAUGUAUAGUAAGUUAAAGAAGUCCACUUUCUAAUUUUAGGUUCAUAGAUAGUGCUGUUUGGUGCACUUCCUUGCAGAGGCAGCCAGUGGAUACUUUCUUCCUCCUUGGCCGAAGGUUGUAUUAUGGGAAAUGGUUGCAUAGAUGUUAGUUUUACAUUGUAAUUUAGAGAUUAGGAGUAGCACGUGUCAAAUUUAAGAAAAUCUGAAGAAAUACACAAUAAAACUUCAUCUAACUGA